AUGGAAAACUCGCGGCGACUGACAAAUCAUGGGUUGACAGGUCUGGAGCUGACAGUCUCCUCAUCGUAUUGUUGGGGUCCAGUGGAUUGUAACCACGUUUCAAGUAAAAUUGAAGGGCUUUGUCGACGUGUCAAACUCAAGGCAGCACUAUCGAUCGGUUGUCGUGUUAUUUCCUAUGCGCUCUGUUUCACAGAAGCACUAUUGAUACAAAAAGGGUGGCACUUCUUCUGCGAGACGUUCGCCUUAGAGAUGACUCUAGCAUUAUCUGGGAAAGAUAUCCGCCCACGCAUUAACGUUGCAUCGGAACAAGGCUCGCUUUAG